AUGACUGUGGAUCAUUGGUCAUCUUUACCCGGCAAACUUGGCGAUCUUCUUGUCGCUCGGAUUCUUGAAUCUCAGCCAGAAUCUGCCCACGCUCUUCUUUCUACUUGCAAAACGUUGAGAGAUUCAACUUGCAAGUCAUUGUACCAAGAGAUCUAUGUUAUCGACAAUGAAGAAGCAUUCGAUAAUCCAUCAAGGGGUACAAGACUGGCCACCGUAUUCGCAAAUGUCAAGAGCUACGCCAAAUUUGUCCGCAUCAUCACAAUUGUACCGCAACCAAUCUUACACAACUCUUUGACGCCUAGUACAGACUCCAGCGAAGACGAUUCGAAAAAAGAUGAUUUCUUGACGCCAAGACAGUUGGGUAAGAUUUUGGCUACUUUUUCCAAUCUGGAAGCUAUCAUUUGGGCUUCAGAUCGAGUUCCUCCCCCUCAAUUCUGUGAACUUGUGAGCAUUUUGUGUCCCCGUGUGGAUGCAUUAUACGUCAGACCCGCAUUUUCAACAGUUACUCUUGGUCCGGAGCAUAGAUGGUCUGCAGAAGGAAUUUCAAAAUUAAGCAAUUUGAAAACACUUGCAAUCUCUCACGUCUCUGCUGAAGGAAUUCGAAGGAUCACAAACCUGCUUCCAACUGCUGAGAGACUUACCAACUUGACCAUCGACAGUCAAUUCGCCGAUGACCAGCUCCUACGGGCAAUGGGAGAGAUGAAAGUGCUUUCUAGCCUCGUGCUUCGCUGCAGUGGAACAAAGGUGACGGAUAAAGGUAUCAUCUCGAUUUUGGAAAACAGCAUCACUUUGGAAUCUCUUGAACUAAACGAGCUCGAAGGUCGACUGAGCAAGAAUCUUUGGUACAAUAUCAAUAUGCUUCCCGACACAUUGCAACACUUCAAAAUGUCGUAUUUUGAAGAAGGCCCACACCAUAGCUGGGUAACGGAUCAUUUAGAUGGAAUCUUUCAGAUUUUUUCACUUUCACAAACUCCUCUCAAGACAUUUUCGAUCACCACAAUCUUGCCGGAAUGCUUUUACCUACAAGUCCCACAGAGCGAGACAGGCGCUCAAAAUCUCAACCCGAAAACAUUCCAGCUCAGAAGAUCUUAUCAGAAUGUGUGUGAUGACAAAAUAGCCGCUCGAAAGUUGCCAGAAGAUGCUUUGAAAAAGAUUUUACUAUAUGGAGAGGAAUUGGAAGUUCUAGAACUGGACAUGUACGAGAUCUGCACGGAAGAUGUGCGAAAGUUGAUGGACAGAUGCAAACAAUUGCGACACUUGCGCAUCUUGCUCAAUUCGCCACUGUCAAAACUUUUUGGGUUAUCUUCUAGUUUCGUGCAAAUGACAAAGUUGGAAAAGCUCUCAGUCAGUUUGACUGAAGCACACUGCCCUUUGCCCGGCAUUAUACAAAUUCAGCAAGAAGGCAAAGGCAAACUUCAUGUUCGAACAAAUUCUGACGAGACUGAAUCGGUCAAAAGCCCAAAACUUGCUGUUGCAUCACCAGUGGUUACGCACUCCUCUUUGACGACAUGUCCGAACGAUCGAGUUGGUUCGGAUGAAGGGGUAAGUGCAGGUAGAAGGCCGUCUAUAGCACAGCCUCCCUGCGUUCCAAAAGGUCUCUUAAUUAUUAAUGCUGAAGGUGGCAUUCCAGGUGAUAAACUGGGCUGUAAGAAUGACUGGAUUUCCAACACAAAUGUGACGGAUGCAUGCAUUCCCCCUAAACGAGAAAUCCGAAAACUCGCAAGACGCUGUCCAAGUUUACGAACGAUUAAUUGGUAUGGUCGAUUGGGCAAAGGUGAAUGGAGCAUCAUCCCUGCUGCUACAACAUUACAAACGGGAGUUAUCUUUACACCCAUCUAUCUCAUUGAGGAUCGUGAUCGCGAUAAGUGUACAAGCUUGACUUCAGGCGCUGAUGUGGAGAGAUUCAUUGUCUCACGUAGGAUUGCCAAUCUUCCAAUCACUGGCAACGCUGGCGUGGAACGUGCUGAUAGACAAGAUGCGAAUGAUGACGUGGACAAAAAGUUGGCAUCAUUACCGCCGGCAUUACUGGAUGACGUGGAGUUCCCCAGGAUCGAGACAGGAAUGCCUCGCGGUGCGCCUUCAUCACCUAUCAGUUUACACGCAUACUCUUCUCGUGACACCAGCACAACCUUGGUGAACUCGCCAACAUUGAGCAACAAAAGUCCAAAGAUACCGAUACGUUAUGCAGUAGGAUUGCCAUCGUCUCAUGCCUAUUCUAAUAUGACUCCCAUGUGGGAGAAAGAAGAAGCUCGCAAGCAUCCCGAUCAACGUUCUUAUGCUGAAGCAACAAAUAAGAACAAGGAGAUCACAAGUCCAAAAAGAGAAUCGUUCUCAACAACCAGAGCACGUUCUUCCAGCCAAGUGGUUUCAAGUUGGAAUCUUCAAUCGACAUUCGGCAAGGAAGGUUCGCCAGUUCAAGAAGCUCGAAGAGCAAGCAUCGUUACGACAAACGUUUUACCAGAGCAUACGAAAGACAAGAGUGGAAAUGCAGUGAAGCGUGGCAGCACCUUACCCAAGAAGCCAGUGUUCACACCCGUCAGGAGAGCUAGUCAGCCUUCCGGUUAG